UUUUGUUUUUUUUCUCUUCCUUGAUUCCGGGGUUUUCUGAAGAAAAAAAGUUGGUUGCUUUAUUGGAAUCCGGGCUUAAACUGUUAAUAUUAAGUGUAAAGUCUCAGGUGUUUUGAAAUUGAAACAAGCUCAUUAAGAUUCUCAACUUUUCAGGAAAUUCUUUGUUUCUGGGUUAUUAAGGGAAUUCUCUGGUUUUGGAAGUUAAAUUCAGCUGAAGACCUCAGCUUUUAGGGUUGAAGCCUUGUUGGUUUCUUGGUUCAUAUUGAAGUUCUUUUGAGUUAAACGUUCAGUUUCUUGGUGCUAUCAUGGAUUCCCCACAGUCAGUUGUCUCACCAUUCAAGAACUCUGUUUUAGUUGAGCCUGAGAAUCAGAAACCGGAAUUUUUCAGUACCAACACUGGCGUUUUAUUGUCGAAUGGGUUCGAGGUUAACCGAAAGGAAGAGAAUACCAUCGGUGUUCUCGACGUUUAUGUCCAUCAGGCAAGAGACAUCCAGAACAUCUGCAUUUACCACAAGCAGGAUGUGUACGCAAAGCUUUGUCUCACCUCUGAUCCCCAAAGCACGGUUUCCACCAAGAUCAUCAAUGGAGGCGGGAGGAAUCCGGUGUUCAAUGACAAUCUACGCCUCAAUGUUCGAACAGUUGAUUCGUCUCUCAAAAUCGAGAUAUUCAUGAUGAGUAGAGUGAAGAAUUAUCUUGAAGAUCAGUUGCUGGGGUUUGCUUUGGUGCCACUUUCCGAAGUAGUACUCAAGAAUGGGAAGUUGGAGAAAGAAUUCUCGCUUUCUUCAACCGAUCUGUUCCAUUCCCCAGCCGGUUUUGUCCAAUUGUCUCUUGCAUAUGCUGGUUUAUCUCCAGAUGUAAUGGCUAUCCCUGCAAUGCCUAGAGAUGUGGCUGCUCAUGAAACUGUGAAGGAUUCGGAAACGAGUGAGUGCGAGUUGGAAAAGAUCGAGUUUCCGGAUCCGAAAAUCGUGAACGAGAACCAGAUGAUGGUUUCUGAGUAUUUUGGUAUCGCAUGUUCUAAUUUGGAUUCUGAAAGUUCGGAAAGUUUCAUCACUGCUGAUGUUGAGAAUCAGAUUUGUUCAAACAUUGGUGUUCAUGUAGUGGAGAGCUUCUCAAAUGCUUCCAUCGAUUCCAUCGAAGCUCCCAAGCUUGAUUCUCCUCCAAGUAGCGUGUCUACUAACGGGGUUUCGUCUCCAUCAGGCGCUGCCAGCUCCGAGUCCGCAGAAGGUCCGGCUGCUUCGAAAACUUCCACUCAAGAACAAAUGUCAGCCGCUAAAGAGAAAACUGUGGAUGUUGGAGAUUCCGACAGUCAUUCCUCCGUGGCACAAAGCGAUUGCACCGUGAAACCAGUUGUUUCCAUUAACAUCGAGGCCGAGCAGAAGUUGGUGCAACAAGACAUAGUGGACAUGUACAUGAAGAGCAUGCAGCAAUUCACCGAGUCAUUGGCUAAGAUGAAACUGCCUCUGGACAUUGAUAACGGACCGACCAAAUCCAAGACUUCAAGUACCCCUGAUCAGAAAAUUCAGGCAUCGAAGAACACCGGCUCUCGGGUGUUCUACGGAAGUAGGGCUUUUUUCUAAACUUCCUUUUCCUCUGCUCAAGGGAAGACACACAGGUGACUUUAGAGUUCUAGGGUGGAGACUGGAGACUAAGUACUACUAAUGGUGAAGUGUAAUAAUGUAUCAUGUAAUGUGGUAAUCUCGACUUUGUACUGUUUAUUUAGCUUUGUUAAAUUUCAACUUCUGUUAAUAUAUAUAUAAUAUGAACCUUUUCAUUUUAUAA